GCCUGGCACGGCGCUCACAGUCUGUCAUGGUGCGUGGGCAGCAAACAGGAGCCUGCUCCCGGGGCUCCGUGACUCUCCCAGCCCAGCCCCGGCUCGGGCCGCUCCGCUCACAUCGCCCGCUGCGGAAUUCUUCCGGGAAACGAAAACGAAAGCGCCGGAUCUGGAGCCAAGGGAGGGUCACUUCCUUAGGGAACGGCACUGACUAGAGCUCAGAACAGGUCAGACUGGUCGCAUCUGCCUCGGAACACGUAAGAAGACAGUAACCAAGCUGGGACAGCAGUCUAAUUAUUGCACACUGAAACAAGAAGUAAACUUCCUUUGUCCGGAUUGAAAUGAGAAUGUUGGAUAGUCCUAGUGAUUGGAGCACUUUACCACCUAAAGUUGUUGGUUCACAGUCUCAGCGUUUUUUACAACAUCUCAGUAUGGGAAUAUGGCUGGAUCUGCUGCUGGGGAACAAGGUUUGUCAAGGGGGGCUGAUGGUCACGACCUUGAACGUGGAAUAUCUAAAGAAGUUAAUAGCUGCUGGAUUGUUAAAGGAUACAAAAUGGCCACCUGAGCCAUACAUGGCUGCUCUGUGUGAGUCGGGAUUUGUCGACGUUUGUAUGGAGCACAAAGAAGACGAGGGCAAACCCUUUCAGGCUAUCUUUGCUAGAAUAAAUAAACGCUGAAUGUGCGGCCUCCCUACCUCAAUAAUUUGGGUUUG